UUUAUAGUUCACAUAACAACCAGUUCCUGGUUAAACAAAAUUGAAAAAAAUUCUAACUGAAUCACACCAGAGAUCAUAAACAGUCUGGUUCCAUUUUUAAGAUUUAAAGAUGAGCAUAAUACUGGACAUUGCCAAUUACUUUGUGGAGCAUCCCAUUCUGAUGGUGCUGAUGUUUCUCAUCUACCUAAUCCUAUUUGGAAUUUCCGUGGUUCUCUUUGGUCAGGCACCAAAACCUAACUCCAACCCUUUUUGUUUUGAUGCCACUAAAAGACCAGAGCCUCUUGUCAUCAGUCAAGCCGAGAGAAAUAAAGUUCUUAAGCAAGGUUUUUCUGAGAAAAACAUCCCUGACAAUAUAGACGCCAUAAUAAUUGGCAGUGGCAUUGGGGCUCUUACCACGGGGGCCCUCCUCUCAAAAGUUGGAAAGAGGGUGCUGGUCCUAGAGCAGCACGAUCAGGCCGGAGGCUGUUGCCACACUUUUAUUGAGAAAGAAUUUGAAUUUGAUGUUGGGAUACACUAUGUAGGUGAGAUGAAGAGUAGAACGAUAGUGAAGUUCCUCUUAGAUCAGGUCUCCCAGGGUCAGAUAGUUUGGGACCACCUAGAUUCAGAUUUUGAUAUGGUUGUUUUGUCAAAUAAAAUGGACCCAGAGAAGACAAAAUUCAUUCCAAUUAGAGGAAUGGGAUAUGGUCCGUUUAAAAAGAAGCUUCUGGAAUAUUUUCCUGACGAAGAGGAGGCGCUAGAUAAAUACAUCCAACUGUUGAAGUCUAGCAGAAGCAUCUCCAGAAGUUUAGUGUACUAUAAAAUCUUUCCAAAGUGGCUGGUGAAGAUUUUAGUUUGGACCAGGCUGAUGAGUCUGAUAUCAUCGUACCAUAAGUAUGCCUCGAAGACAGUUGCUGAUGUUCUGCAUGGAUUAACGAAAAAUGUCGAACUGAAGACGGUGCUGAGUUAUAAUUUUUUUGAUUACGGUGUGGAGCCAACGCGUUCCAGUUUCGCGAUACACAGUGCCCUGAUGAACCACUUCAUCAAUGGCGGCUCCUAUCCCAGAGGUGGCUCCAGUGAGAUUGCCUUUCACAUCAUACCUGUCAUCGAAAAAUCUGGUGGAAGUGUUCUUGUCAGGGCGAAAGUUAGCGAAAUUCUGGUUGAAGAUGGCGCUGUCGUUGGCGUCAGAGUAAGAAGAGCAGGUGGCGGGCAUGUCGACAUAGCAUCGAAUGUCGUAAUCUCGGACGCGGGCGUCGUGAACACGUUCGCAAAGAUGCUGCCAGAGACAAUAGCUGAAAAAACAAGCAUAUACAAAAUAAUAAAGAACAGUCAAGUUGAGCCUGGAACGUUAUCGUGCAUGUCUUUGUUUGUCGGUCUCAAUGGUACAGCUGAAGAACUCAAACUACCUAACUACAAUAUCUGGUGUUUUAAUUGCACUGACGCAUGUAAAGCCAUCACUGACUACGCCAAAUUAACGUUGGAUGAGGCACUGAACAGUGACAUCCCAUUCGCGUUCAUCGUGUCUCCAUCUGCCAAGGAUAGCUCAUAUCAAUUGAGACAUCCUGGCAAAUCCACCCUAACUAUAAUAUCGACCUGUAUGUGGGAUUGGUUCAAGGAUUGGGAUAAAGAGAGAGUGAAGAAGAGAGGGAGCGAGUAUGAGGAUAUCAAAAAACAGUUUAUGGAUAAAAUGUGGGCCAUUGUCUUGAAGUUUUACCCACAUUUAGAGGAUAAGGUUGAAUACAUGGACCUGGGGACGUCUGUGACGAACAACUUCUACCUCGGGACGGUGGUUGGAGAGGUGUACGCACUGGACCACACCAUCAGGAGGUUCAACGACCAGGAAGUUCUCAUGCAUCUGAGGCCUCAAACUGAUAUCAAGGGAUUGUUUCUUACUGGUCAGGACACAAUAUGCUGCGGUUUUGUGACGGGCUUGUACUCGGGUCUGCUCACUGCAUCGGCUGUCCUCAAGAGGAAUCUCUUCAGAGAUAUGCUGGCUCUCUUGAAGAAAGUUAACGAGAAAGAUAAAUUGUAUACAAAAUCUAAAUAAUAAAAUUAUGAUCAUAAUAUAAUAAAAAUGGUAAUAAUGUGAUAAUUAAUAAUUGUUAUAAUUAAUUGUUAGUGGUAAAUAAUAUAUUAUAUAUUUAUAUUAUAUAUAUAUGUUAAAUAAUAUAUGGUAAUAAUGGUGGUAACAAAGUAAACAUUUUCUUGUGAUAAAUAUUAAUUUGUUAAUGAAAACGCCAUAAUAAUAAUAAUAAUAACUAUUUAUUUGUUUGUUAUUCCUGCAAAAUAAAAUACAAAAAUGUUUCGAUUUAA